AAGCGGCUGCGGGCUUGGGGACCCGGCCCGGGCAGCGGAGCUUCCGGACUCGCCGACCCGCCGAGGAGCGCGCGUCGGGCUCCCGUCGAGCAGCUCAGCCCGUGUUCCCCGCGUCCCGCGCCCCGAAGCUGCUGCUCCGAACUUUGGUCGGCGCUGCCCAGGCUCCCCGCCAGGGACCAGCCAGGAAUUUUCAAAAUGAAUUAUACAGAGUCCAGCCCAUUGAGAGAAUCAACUGCCAUAGGUUUUACACCUGAGUUAGAAAGCAUCAUACCUGUGCCUUCCAAUGAGACCGCUUGUGAAAAUUGGAGAGAGAUACAUCAUCUGGUUUUUCAUGUAGCAAAUAUUUGUUUUGCAGUUGGGUUGGUUAUUCCAACUACUCUUCACCUUCAUAUGAUAUUUCUUAGGGGGAUGUUAACUCUAGGAUGUACCCUUUAUAUUGUCUGGGCCACUCUCUACCGAUGUGCCUUGGAUAUAAUGAUCUGGAACUCUGUGUUCUUGGGUGUCAACAUUUUGCAUCUGUCAUAUCUUUUAUACAAGAAGAGACCGGUAAAGAUUGAAAAGGAACUCAGUGGCAUCUACCGGCGGUUGUUUGAACCACUCCGUGUGCCUCCAGAUUUGUUCAGAAGACUAACUGGACAGUUUUGCAUGAUCCAAACCUUGAAAAAGGGCCAGACUUAUGCUGCAGAGGAUAAAACCUCAGUUGAUGACCGUCUGAGUAUUCUCUUAAAGGGAAAAAUGAAGGUCUCCUAUCGAGGACAUUUUCUGCAUAACAUUUACCCCUGUGCCUUUAUAGAUUCUCCUGAAUUUAGAUCAACUCAGAUGCACAAAGGUGAAAAAUUCCAGGUCACCAUUAUUGCAGAUGAUAACUGCAGAUUUUUAUGCUGGUCAAGAGAAAGAUUAACAUACUUUCUGGAAUCAGAACCUUUCUUGUAUGAAAUCUUUAGGUAUCUUAUUGGAAAAGACAUUACAAAUAAGCUCUACUCAUUGAAUGAUCCCACCUUAAAUGAUAAAAAAGCCAAAAAGCUGGAACAUCAGCUCAGCCUCUGCACACAGAUCUCCAUGUUGGAAAUGAGGAACAGUAUAGCCAGCUCCAGUGACAGUGACGACGGCUUGCACCAGUUUCUUCGGGGUACCUCCAGCAUGUCCUCUCUUCAUGUGUCAUCCCCACACCAGCGAGCCUCUGCCAAGAUGAAACCGAUAGAAGAAGGAGCAGAAGAUGACGAUGAGGUCUUUGAACCGGCAUCUCCAAAUACAUUGAAAGUCCAUCAGCUGCCUUGAUCAGAGAGAGAAUUCGGGUUACCAAGACAGAACAUGUCUUGAAGAGAUCCUGAAAAAUACCAGCACUUUUUCGUGGCUUUUAGGUUCUUCUGCUUUAGUGCAUCCAGACUGGUAGCGUCUGAGGGAGGAAGUGAGGAAGGGUCAAGGAUGGAAGGGUUCUUUCACUUACCCUUUUGAUUAGUCAGCUUUUAAAGUAAUUGUUUUACUGAGCCUUCUGACUAUGCCUUGUUCUCUUUUGAGAUAUAUAUUUUCACAGUCUUUUCUAGAUAUAUUGUUUUUUUAACUUAACAAAUCUUAGCACUCUCUCAAUGCCUUUUCACUUACUUUUUUCCAAGUUGUGAUUCUUUUUCCUCAUGGUCUUUUUUGUUCCAUGGCAAUGGGGUUGUCCAUUUGAUAAUUUUAACAAACAAUGUAAGUUUAAAUUUGAGGCUAAGGUAAUGUGAAAAAGCAUGGAAUCUCAAACUUUAUUCCAUAUUUUGUAACGGGACGUUUUAGAGAAAGGUGUGAUUUGACUGGUUUUAUUUUUCUCCCAGGCCGGAAGUAUUACCCCACUGGAUCACCUUACUUAGUUGGGCUCUGUGUCGAUAACUUGAUAAUGAACACAACUCUCAGACUUGACUCACAUUACCCUUGUAUUAUGCCAUUUAUAAACUGCUCUGAAACCUGAAGCUGGAAAGAUGGGUUUCUGAGCAUGGGGUUAACCUCCAGCCAAACUCAACUUCCUUGGGAUUUGGAGUCACCUUGUUCUGCACACAUGGGUGUGGGAAACACUUUAUGUAUGUUGGGAGGACAGGGGGGUUAAAUGGCUGGGCAGGUACCACAGGGUGAGGUGACUGAAAGAUCCACUUCAUUCUUUGGUCUGUAUUCUGAAGUUCCAGAUUGUUCAUCUAGAGGCAGAGACGUCACUUUUUAAAAUGUGCCAGAUGCCCCAGUGCCAGAGCCGUGAACGUGAACACAGUGGAGGGCAGAGGGUUUACCACAGGCCAGGCUGUGGACACCCAACCCAGAUACUGCAGUGAGGGCCUUCAUUCCAGAGCUCUCUUUUCUACUGAAAUCAUGGUUUAGUAAACAGUGGCAUUUGGCUGGUGGGAAAUGCAUAACUGGUCAGUGUGUCCGGUCAGCGUGGCUGUGGCACUUGGCCAGGACACUCCGUUGAGUGAAGCUCGUUGAUUGGCCAUGCUGGUCAUGUCUCUUUUGCUUCAUCCACUAGAACCAACUUUGAGUCAGUCCCCUGUUAGGUUAAACGGCUAAGAAAAGUUCCAAAUGAAAUUGUUUUCAGGUGAACUGAGCCAAAAGCAGCAACUCUUCCCAUGAGGUGAUUUCUGUUAGAGGAGGCAUAUAAAUAAGCUCAUCUAGGGUCACCUCAUUUUCCUAAAUAUGUUUUUAAAGCAAUUAUUUUAGUAAUUUCAUUUGAGUUAAAUUUACAUGCUCGGUCACUCAUUGAGAAAAUUUACACAGACUCUGAAUCCAGUUCCUGACAUCUUCAUCAGAUGUUGGUUUAUUGACAUCACAGUAAAAAGGCCACUGUCGACUGGACACGGUGGCUCACGCCUGUAAUCACAGCACUUUGGGAGGCCAAGCUGGAUGGAUUACUUAAGCCUAGGACUUCAAGACCAGCCUGGGCGAGACCAGCCUGGGCAACAUGGCUAAACCCCAUCUCUACAAACAAAAUUAGCUGGGCCUGGUGGUGCACGCCUGUAGUCCCAGCUACUCAGAAGGCUAAGGUAGGAGGUUCGCUUGAACCUGGGAGGUUGAGGUUGCAGUGAGCCCAGAUCACACCACCGCACUCUAGCCUGGACAACAGAGUGAGACCCUAUUUCAAAACAAAAGCUGCUUUCACUGUACUGCUGCAGCAAUUUCUUCAGGUAGCUAAAUUAGGAACUUGUUUUGGAGAAAUGAAACAAAGGUGAAUGACAGCCUAGGCUUUGAAAUUAUAAAGCUCUCUCAGGUUGAACUCUCUCUCAUGCUCUCACUCUCACUGUCUCCCUGUACCUGAGAGCACAGGUGUGACUGUGACAUCAUAGCCGAUACUACUUUCCUGUACCCACUGGGGUAAAGUUAGGCAACCCAUUUAGUUUACACAUGCAUAAGACUAAUUUACAGAAUCACUCUAUACAGUCGUUAGAUGUAACAUCCUUCCCUGAGUAGAAAAUAAUGGAGUAAUGAAUGUGUUUGGAGAUUAUUUUCCGUAAUGCUGGGAACAAACCUGUUUUAAAAGCACACUGCUAAAAGUAGGUGACAUAAGACCAUUUACUGUUUUUAUUAAAGUGUGUGUGUGUAUCAGUGUCUCAAUGUGAAGAUUGUAAUCUCAAGGUUAGGACUCUUAAAAGAGCCACUUAGCCUGAAUGGGAAACAUGAAACUAUUUUUAAAUACACACUUCUAAGGAAGACAGUGAGACUCUGAAAAAAGGUAUAAGGCAUUGAGAAGCCCUCCCAUAUAGACUUGAUUGCAAAGAAGCAGAUAAGAAGACAGAAAAGUGUUUUAAAUGUAAGAUCUCCUAUGGAGUACUUUAAAUUCAUUUAUACAAAUGAAUAAGUAUAUCUUUGUAUAAUGCAUAAAUACAUAGAUAAAAACAUGUUUGCUGCCAAAGUUCCCAGUAAGAUGCUUCCUGUGUUUUUUGGCCUUUACUUAGCUGAAUGAUCAAAGUUCAGAAAAUGGUCUGCAAAAGUUACUCCAUAUACAACCCCAUAUCUACUACUUUUAAAUGUAACAUCAACUAAGUUGUAUGAAUCUAGAGUGUAAUAUUUAUAUUAGAAUGUAUAUGUCAUUUAAAAUAUUUUGAAAUCCCUCAUAAAUAUUUAUAUUUACUAAACUAAUAGCAUAGACACUAUAUAAAUCUACAGUGAUGCUAAAAUAAAUUAGUAAUAAUGGGUGCUAUAUAAUUAUUUUUAGUUAUCAUCCCUGUCUCUCUGGAAUCUUCUCCAUUUCUCCCUAUCACUCAAUUUCAUUUUAAUCAUUGGACACCUUUGCGUUUUGCUGCUAACAGUGUGUGUAUGUCACUCUCUUUAUAUCUGGUGUUCCCACUUGUCUGAAGCUCUCUUGAUCUUAGAACCUGGAGCUGCAGAUUCCUCCAUGUCAGCUCCCAUCACAGCCCCAAAAACAGAGUCACUUGGUUGCUGGAAAAAUCUCUGGGGAAAGCUGGUAUAACCUACACACUGACCUGUCCCCAGUGUUUCCAGGUAAUGACUUGGCACUGCAGAGGAAGUUUCAUGCUGUUGCGUGUGGUGGCUCCAAGCCAAGCACCUGGCAUGCAGGUCAGCCCCUCCCAGCAGGGCGUGGUAUCAUCCUCUUCUCAGAUGCCAUGUUGCAGCCCCAAGGUCUCACCAUUUUGUAGGUUUUAGAAACCCAUUUUCUUGGUCAUUUAUAAAGCUGCUUUAUAGAUAUCUUUGAUCCUGGCAUGCCUUGGUUUCUUCUUCCUUCCCUCUUUCCAAUCCUGGUUUCCCACCACCUCUUUUAGUAAUUCUCAAUUCAAAGUCCCAAGAAUUUGGAAUGGUAGGAUGCUGUGCGGGGAGCUCGAGGCUGAGGCGUAAUCACCACUUCAGUUCUGCUCCUCAGGGGACACGCUCCCUUACUCACGGCAGCCAUGUUUGAUUGUCACAGAGCCCCCCAAAUACUGUCUAUAGUGACACACUGUAGGUAUCAUAAAUUUUAAGAAAUCUGCUUUUAAGUACUGUUUAUAGGUUUUUCUGUUACACUUGCAACCUAGUUUUAAAAUACAUGAGGAUUUUAUGAAAGCUUUAUACAGACCUUUAUAGGAAACUCAUUCUUUGAUUUUAGGUGCCAUUUAAAUUGAUAACACUUACUUUAUAAUAAAGAUGCUUUUUGUCUGGAUACAGCCUUAUAGUUUAAAAUAUCUUCAUAUAUUGCCACUUGAUCAAAUAAAUUUCUUACUUAGAAAA